AUGUGGCAAUCACAAAACUGCAAAGUCAAAGAAGAAGCAUGUGACAACAGUAAAACGUGGAAAGAAACGUUAUGUCCCAAGAAGCAGAAGCAGGCUCUAGACUAUACCAUUGAAUGCAAGAAUCCUGUUGAAGAUGGUGUCAUGAAUGCAAAUGACUUCGUAGAUCUUUUCUGUCAUGCAUCUUUCUUGAAUGAAUGGAUCAAAGUAAACGGAAAAGUCGGCACUAUGGCUGCAUGUGGUGCAAAAUUAGACAGACGUACGUAG